GGAAGAGGAGGGCGUUUGGCCCUCAGCCCUCCCGGCCCAACCCGGCCCGGCCAUGGAGGUCUACAUUCCGUCUUUUCGUUAUGAAGAGAGCGAUCUGGAGAGAGGCUACACGGUCAUGAACCAAUCCUAGGAAGUAAACUGUCUGGAGCCCCAAGAUGAGUGAAGUUAGGAAAAUGACUGUCCCUGAAACGAGACUAACAAAUGAAGGUUUUUAAGAUAGAAGUGCUAAUGAGUGGACGGAAGCAUUUUGUAGAAAAAAGGUACAGCGAAUUUCAUGCUCUGCACAAAAAGCUCAAGAAAUGUAUAAAAACUCCAGAAAUUCCUUCCAAACAUGUUAGAAACUGGGUCCCAAAGGUCCUGGAGCAGCGCCGACAAGGUUUGGAAGCCUAUUUACAGGCUGUCAUUUUGGAAAAUGAGGAGCUUCCGAAAUUCUUUCUUGAUUUUCUAAAUGUACGACAUUUACCCUCUCUACCAAAGACCGAAAGUUGUGGCUCCUUUGAGGAAACAGAAUCUGAAGAAUCCAGCAAACUGUCCCACCAGCCCGUGCUGCUGUUCCUCAGGGAUCCGUACGUCUUGCCUACAGCCAAUGGUAAUUGCGCCUGUGAUGAUUUUCCCAAUGUAGUGAUUGAAGGCGUUCUCCAUGGGAUCUUUUACCCUCAUCUACAGCCCAGGUAGAAGCUGGAGCAACAAAGGCUCAGUCAAGCGGUCGAGAUCCCCCCAACUGCCGAAACUCUGUGACACACUAGCUCUAGUCCCUGCUAACAUUCGUAGUCCGGCUCCAUUGAGGAAAGCGUCUGCUUCCUUUCCAAGCUAGAAACUGAAUGUGGGAUUUGGCGAAGCCAAGACAAAACCUUAAGAAGUAGGACGUAGCGAUCUGCCCCGACGGAGCUUCAGAGGCUUUCUGUGGCCCUGGAUGAACCCUGUGUGCCUCAGCAGCACAUGUAGUGCACCUCGUGAAGGCUGGCACAGCGACACCAACUUUGUUUGUCUGGGUUUUCCAAUGCCAACCUUCUUCACUUGGCCUUUUCCCAGCUGCCGAAAGGUGUCUCUGCUGGAGAACCAGCACCAGAAAGCUUAUCCCAGAAACACUGCAACAGACAUAGCUGAGAAACUGGUUUAACUGGAAAUCAAAAGUCUGAGUACGUUUGUGGCGGCUCCCCCAAGCCCCAAAGGACCUCCACCCUAUUCGAUGGGGGAAAGGAAAGAGGUCCCCGCUGGCUACCUGUCCGUCCACGGAAGACCAAAUAGCAGCUCCAUUUUAAGUUGUUGCUUUUAGUAAGCUCCCAGGCGGCCAUGUAUGCAGGGACAACUUUAGAAGUCUAACUAAUGAACUCCACUACUGCUAAUAUAGUCUAAUUGUAGCAACUCGAGGCCUUCCUGCAUUUUGAAGAUAAAUUGCACAGAGGGCAUUUGACGCUGCUUCAGGUGACGACAAAUAGUAUUGCCAAGUCAUAAAUAGCACCCACCUAGAAGAACAGGGCUUUUCCAAUGUUGGAGACACACUAAAAUAGUUUGUAUAUUACUGAGUACUGGGCUGUAAAAUAAACUUCAGAUCUAAGAAAA